CAACACGUGACAUUUCCUGAUGCAGAGGCGGGUCUCGGGGAGCCACAAAACUUAGGACCUCUAUCCUAAGUGAUGAAAAGAUUUAGGUAAAUUUAGGAUAAACUUAGGACGCCUUCAGACCAGUUAUUUUUUUCACUAGCGAUAAAGGCUUUAAGUUUUCUUGGCGGGGAACCUGGUGUUGUGUUGGUUGUGUCUAUGUCUAUUGCAACGGUUUAAGUACAACCAACAUGCGUUUGCAAAAUGUCAGGCAACAUCUCUCGCCAAUCACAGUCGUCGCCAAGCAUGCAUAUACACGAUAAGAAUCAGUUCAUCCUCCCCAUGGUUGAAGCGCAUUAAUAUCUCAACAGAAGCAAUUCAUUCAUGCCAAGAUGGCUGAGACGAACGAACAGCCUGUUGUUGUACCGGAUGAGCAGGAGGACAAUGAGUCUACGUUGGGUGAGGACUCCGCGUCUACUACAGCAAGUGUAUCUGAAUCAAUCUUUAAUUACCGCUGUGAAAACGGGAGAACAUAUCAUGCGUAUAAAGACGGCAAGUAUGUCUUGCCGAAUGACGAGAGGGAGAAUGAAAGAUUAGAUCUACAGCAUAAUCUGUUCUUGCUCACCUUUGGCGAUAAGCUUGGCCUCGCGCCACCUUGUUACCCAGACGCAAAAGUGAAUCAUGUCUUGGACUUGGGAACUGGGACGGGUAUUUGGGCCAUGGACUUUGCAGAUGAACAUCCUGAAGCAGAAGUCAUCGGCGUCGACCUUUCCCCAAUUCAACCAAGCUUCAUUCCUCCUAACGUGAGCUUUGAGAUCGACGAUGUUGAAGACGAGUGGACUUACUCGAAGCCAUUUGACUACAUCCACAGCCGUUUCAUGACAUCUUGCAUAGGCGACUGGAAAAAAUACCUCACUCAAUGCUUCCAAAACUUAACCCCCAGCGGUUACCUCGAGCUCCAAGAAGCAGAUCUCACCAUCAAAUCCGAUGACGACACCGUAAAGCCCGAUAACGCACUUCUCAAAGGUCUCAAGCUCCUACAAGAGGCAUCAGAACGGUUCGGCCGUCCUUACGUAGAUAUCCCAGCACUGGUGGAUGUCAUGACGGAGAUUGGCUUCGUUGAUGUCAAGAUCGAGAGGUUUAGGUGGCCGAGUAAUUCAUGGCCGAAGGAUAAGAAGUAUAAAGAGCUUGGUGCUUGGUGUUAUGAGAACUUUUCUAGUGGACUUGAAGCAAUUACUAUGGCGGCGCUGACGAGGGGCCAUGGGUGGAGUGUAGAGGAUACAACUGUGUUUCUGACGGAGGUGAGGAAGACUAUGGGAGAUAAGAAGAUCCAUGCCUACUGGCCAAUUUAUUCCAUUUACGGGAGGAAGCCCUAGUGCAGUGGUCUGACGAGAGAGCGUUGGAGAACGUGAGGUUGAGCGCGAGGAUGGGUCAUGUAACUCAGCUUUCUUUUUGUGCAAAGUUAACAUUUCCAUUUCGUGAUACCAUACAAUUCUUCUCGGACAUGUUCUUCUCGUGCGACGGUACACGGCGUUGAAAUAGACUUGGUACCUCAUGCAGAUCAUGCAACCAAAAACUCUAGUACAGGGAUCCUAGCGUCACGACAUCUGACCAGCAUCUUGGCGUAACCUGGGAUAUCGUCGGCCUACAACAUCUCAUUUUGAUAUCAAUGAAAUAUGUAUCAUGAGAGGAAUUCAG